AUGAAUCGUGGACACCAAAAACAUUACAAUACAGAUCAACAGUUGAAAAUAAGCAACAGCAUAAACAACAAAAUAAGCAAAAAUAAACAUCGGUUUAUUUCUGACAACAACACAAAACGAACCAGACAACAACAUCGUCCCAAACAACAACAUCGUCCCAAACAACAACAUCGUCCCAAAAAACAACAUCGUCCCAAACAACAACAUCGUCCCAAACAACAACAACAACGAAAACAACAUCUAUCGAACACACACAGGAAAUUUCAUAAUUUCAAUAAUCGAAUAUUCGUCGAACCGACUUUCGACAACAGAAUAUUCGUCGGACCGACUCGUUGCAUUGACAUCCCACGCCGAAUGUACCUCUGCAACAACUUGCAGUACAAAAAAAUGAGAAUACCCAACCUGCUCGGUUACGAUAACGUUCAUGACGUCGUUGACCAAGGAUCUCACUGGAUUCCCCUCUUGAGCACCAGAUGUCACUCGGACCUCCAAAUAAUGCUCUGCUCGCUGUACGCUCCCAUCUGCAUGUCGCGACCCAUCUAUCCAUGCCGGAACCUUUGCCAGGAAGUUAGGCGAUCCUGCGAAGACACCAUGCUGCUGGGAGGCUAUCAGUGGCCCGCCAUCUUGGAUUGUGAUCAAUUUCCAGCGGAAACAGGGGUGUGCGUGGGAUUGAGAGAGAAAAAUGGUCGGUUAGAUUGGAGGAGAGCAUCGAGAAAUGCUUGCAGCGUGUGUGACGAGAAAAUCAACAAGAGCCAGCUGAAGAGUCAUUUUUGUAACUCCAAUAUCGGUCAGAAAAUAUUUAAAAUAAUUCGUUUAAAUAUCUUUAUAAUUUCCUAA